AUGGAUCCCGAUGCAAUCCUGCAGAACCCGAAGCCCGAUAGCUCCAAACAAGUAAAUGCCAAAGAUAAAGAUGACAUCGCCAUGUAUGUGGCAGGCUACGCUUUGGUGACAACACUCCUGAUAUGGCUCGACUUGAGUGGCCUGUCCAUGGGUUCCACCUUCGAGUUCGCAGCCCGAUGGAUUGGCAGCUUUGGCCUUCUCAUCGCAUGUCUGACUUUGCUUUCAAAUAGCCUCGAUGCCCUUGGUAAGGCUAUGGUGCCUGAUGACCAUGUCAAGGGAGCAUCCAGGGCUUUUAUCGGUGCUCUAAAAGGCGUGUUUGUGGCAGUUAUCAUUGCUGUAUCCACGCACUGGCUGGACGAAAAGCUGUUUCUCUACCAGGUCUUCUGGGUCCAAGUUCUGGCGCUACCUGCAGGCUUCAUUGUAGCCAAGUAUCUAGGAGAAAGAAUGGAUGGCCAUGAGGACUGGCUCGCGAGCCUCGGCGCAUAUGGCCUGGUCAACAUAUUCCUGUGGCUCGACCUCCUGAACAUCCCCGGUCCCAAGGCUGAGGAAACGCGUCCAGCGACCGACUGGGAGAACGUCGGGAUGAUGGCAUGGACUAUUGGUUACUUCGUGCUUCUUGUCGCUAACUUCAUCCUUCUCAUCGGCACCAUUGACUACAUCAUCAAAUUCCGCGACGCAAAAGAUCCUGAUGGCGAUGGCAAAGUCCUGACAACUCUUGGUGCAUUCAUCGGCGUUGGUGUCAUGACAAUCGGCGUCAUGCUGCCUCUCGAACUGGUGUUCCAUGUCUUGGAAGGCAGAUACUGGAUCUAUUAA